CUCGUGCAGUCCACUUUGUUUGGUUCUUAGUAUCUUGUUAAUUCGCUUACCAUAUGACCCCUUCUCAGCUCAUGCAAGACAACCCACGCGUCGCAUCCGUUGUCGGACGAAAGAUUGAGGCUGUCCGGCCUGAGGGGGCAACUCUAGUACAGAUACGCGCGUUUCUUGAGCCCUUUGAGAGGGUUCGUACGAGGCUGUGUAUACAGGCUGAGGACACAUGGAAUAUGGAUGAGACUGGGAAGGCCCUCGGUAGAACCGCGAGUGGGCAUCGAUAAUUGCGUGUGUGUCGGCCUCCGGCAAGGAACCGCGCCCUGCAGUUAUAUUCAAGGGGAAGAACCUACAGAGUACCUGGUUUCCAACAAUAAUACCUGACUGGCUGUACUCAACCUCUGAGAAUGGCUGGAAAUCAAAAUGCGAUAGGAGCUGAGUGGUUAGAGCGGGUAUUUCUGCCUGAGACGGCUGUGUUAGACGAUCGUUGGAGGAUGCUGAUUCUGGAUGGCCACGGCAGCUCAACUCUGCCUCAUAUGCACUAACUGAUUACCGCUUAUUCGACACGGGCUUGGAGUCUUCAAAGAGGGAUGGUCGCAUGAUCUGGGAUACUCAUCCUGGAAGGGCAUUGAACUUGGAUUCAGAGUGCUGGAAGCGUCUCUUUCACUGACCAAAUCGAAAUGCUCAGAUGAAUGGUUUUUGGUUGCACGGUUCAUAUCUCCAGAAGGCUCCUGUACGUUGGAAACGUGGUUUAAAGACGCAGGGGACAAAGUAAUAGAUAUA